UGUUUUGUUGAACUGCCGUACUUGUAUCAGACGGGCGGGUUUGUGAGAGGUGCCUGUUUAGUCGGUAAUUAGGAGCACUUGAAGACGUUUUUUGUGUAGUUGUUACUGCUUCGCUUAUGACGUGGUUCCUCCUUUCGAGGUUCUGAGAAAGCGGACUCACUCUUUCUCAGGCAAGGACCCCUUUCAACCAUUCUGCAACUGAACGCGCAACUUCACAAGUGAAGAAGCCCCCCCUCUUGGUGCUGCAAAGAUGAGCUCCCUACUUCUCUCCAGCUUUCUCCUCGGCUUCAUCUCCCUGUGCCUGGCCGACAGCUUUGAGCACGCCUACAGCGACCUGGAGCACUACAGGACCAUCUACAUCUCAGAAAAUGGCCCCCGCCUCUCAGUGAUGACAGAGCAGGCCAAAGUGGUGUCUCGCCGUGGAGGUAAUGCCACCCUGCCCUGCAAGUUCAUCCGUGAGGACACGGCACCCCCCAACCCCAAACUGAGAAUCAAGUGGACCAAGUUGACCUCUGACUACCUGAAGGAGGAUGACGUGUUUGUGGCCAUGGGCUUCCACAAGAAAAGCUACGGCAGGUUCCACGGAAGGGUCUUCCUCCAAGGGUCCGGUGAGAAUGAUGCGUCCCUGGUUAUCACCGAGCUCACACUGGAAGACUACGGCAAGUACAAGUGCGAGAUCAUUGAUGGGCUGGAGGAUGGCACUGGGGUAGUGGCCCUGGAUCUACAAGGGAUUGUGUUCCCCUAUUUCCCACGGCUGGGACGCUACAACCUGAACUUCCACGACGCGGAGAAGGCUUGCCAGGACCAGGACGCGGUCAUAGCCUCCUUCGACCAGCUAUACGACGCCUGGAGAGGGGGGCUGGACUGGUGCAAUGCAGGCUGGCUGAGUGACGGGUCCGUGCAGUACCCCAUAACCACACCCCGGGAGCCCUGUGGGGGCAAGGACACCGUGCCCGGUGUCAGGAACUACGGUAUACGCGACAAGGAGAAGAACCGCUAUGACGUGUUCUGCUUUACGUCCAACUACAGAGGGCGAUUCUAUUACUUGAUACACCCAACCAAGCUGACAUAUGAUGAGGCCGUGCAAGCGUGUCGGAAGGAUGGCGCUCAGAUCGCCAAGGUGGGACAGAUGUUUGCAGCCUGGAAGCUGCUAGGCUACGACCGCUGCGACUCAGGCUGGCUGGCCGAUGGCAGCGUGCGCUACCCCAUCACCCGCCCAAGGAGGCGCUGCAGCCCCACGGAGGCGGCCGUACGGUUCGGAGGCUUCCCUGACAAGAAGCACAAGCUCUAUGGUGCCUACUGCUUCAAGGCCUACAAAUAAUGCAACACCUGAGCAAAACAAAACAAAACAAAGCAAAACAAAAAAAAAAAAAAAUGGCAGAACGAAACACAAGUGGAAGCUAGACUUAAACUAGUACGAACGCAUUCAAACUGUGAUAACAUCCCUUUUGUUUUCUAAUACCAUAGUAAGAAGGUGAAUGGAUAAUCGAUCAUUUUCAUACAGUAAUGUACACAACAUUUUUGUAAACUGAAACAGAAACUGAAACAAACUGUUAUUUCAUUGUUAAUCAUUCUCAGAUAUUUUAAAUUAAUGUAAUUUUAUCAGAAGGUCUAUAUAAAAUAGUAUAGAGGAAAUUGGGGUGGGAGGGAGUGGGAGUGGGGCCGGUUGGGUGGGGAAGAGGGUACAGGGCAGAUAAAAGCAUGGAGUCACAUCAACCUGGUAUCCUCCCAUAAUCGAUGUAAUUCUAUGAAAUCGGGCAUAUAUUAGCUUGGGGAAUUUGUUUGGACUGGACAAAAAAUAAAACAAAAACAGUAAAGCUUCUCAAAGUGGGAACUGAUAUGCUUGGGCACUUAGUGUUGUUGGUUUUCAAUAAAUUUGGCAUUUUAGUACAUGUGCAAAAUUCUAAAUGGGCAGAAGACGGAUCGGUAUUAAAGUUUUUUUUAUGUUCAGAGACCUUGGACUUUAUGUACAAACUAGCACAAUAAGUAAUAAGCACCUUUGUUGUCUUAUAUGUAACAUCUCUUUGGGGUGCUAUUAUGUGUGAUGUACUAUGGUCAAACUUUUGUGUAUUUUGUUUUCAAGUAAAUUGUUAUGUCUGUGGACCAAACUGGUAUAUUUAUAUCAUUAUCAUAUUACUACAUACAAUAUGAAUAAAACAGAAAAGCCAUAGAUAUAUAGGAUUUGCAUUUGUCUAUUAUCCUGUACUUUUUUCAGACAAAGAGGCAUGUAUUCCUUUGUUCCAGUGUUCUCUUUUAUUGUAAUAUAUAUAUUUCUUAAGAUUACAUUUUCUUCCAUGUUGUCACUUUUGUCUGUUAUAUGCAGUGCUCAGCUGUGUACCCAGUACAGUUAAUAACAAAAAAAAUGUAUGUACAUGAAUGGGUAGUGCGUGGCAGCAAAUCCAGCAAUCAUUUAACUGAGGACAGCAAAAGAAAAAAACAAAAGCUAUCAACUACAACUUAGCAGCACGGUAUCAAAUAUAUUGUUCCCACUGCCUAUAUAUGUCAUCAUUGCUUUGCAAUGGGAAUGAAUACUGUCGACUCAUCCUGAGUUCUGAAAUGUACGUCAAGCACUUGGGGCUAUUACAAACACUGGAACUAAAGAGCUGAGCAGGGUCUCUGGCAACAAGUAAUGUGCUGCUGAUGAUUAAUUUCACUGCAACUGCUGACUGCAUUAAAUUAUGGUUGGCACAAUUGGUUUACACAAGUCUAAUGUAGACAGAUGGCGGAACUUACCCCACCUUCACACAGCGAGCAACUUGGUCGACCGGUCGCUCAAGUGUUCUAGGCUGAGGUAGGGGCAAGGGUUUCCCAUUGUGUCCUCGUGCAGCUGCACAUUUUUAAUGAAUAGAAACAUUGGCCUUCACAAUGUAUCGAAGAUGUAUAUUUACCAUAUAGCCUAUCCUUUAAGUUGCUAUAGUUACACCUGAUAAUUAUUACCUGUUACUGCACUCUCGUUAGUAAAUAGACUGCAUUUAUAUAGCGAUUUUAUCCAAAGUGCUUUACAAUUGAUGACUCUCAUUCACCCAUUCACACACCAACAGUGAAAGGCUGCCAUGCAAGGUACCAGUCAGCUCGUUGGGAGCAAUUAGGGACACUUCGACACGCCCAGGGCGGGGGAACGAACCGGCAACCCUUCGACUGCCAGACAACCGCUCUUACCUCCUGAGCUAUGUCGCCCCCAUCUCUCUAUCUGUCUCCCUAGCUAGCUAGCUUGUGAGAGAGAUAGAUUGUUAGCCAUAGCUAGCUAGUUCACCGUCUCUCUAGUGGUGUAAAACUCAACAAAGUGUUUUUGGGUUAAUGUGACUGAUUUUGGUUGGGCAGGCAACAUAUUUGCCAUAACCUAUCCUUUACAUUUUUAGCUGUUCUAUUACAAUGAGUGAAGCCAUGUGGAACAAUUGGUAUCAUAUUGGUUAGAAAAAUGGGGAGCGAGGAACCUGAUUGGCUGUUUAGUCUCGGGCAACUUUUCUCUGGCAACUUUUGUCUCUUAGUUGCACAGUUGUUCUGGUCACUGGCCGUCGCUCAGCUUGAUAGAAAAUAAAUGUACUUUUGGCAACUGGUCAAACAAAUUGCUCGCUGUGUGAAUGGGGGGUAUUGUUCUUCUUGAUUUUCCAUUCCCUCUCUUCUAGUCCUAACAGGCAUUAAUGGUGCAAAAUAUAAGACAGAGGGAUACUGUGGUGCUCAUCGGUUCGUUUGAUACUCGUUGUAAAGAUAUACAUUUCAAAAACAUGUAUAACAAUAAUCUGUUGUAGCUCCCAUGUAAGUAUCAGGUUAUCUUUGAGUAGCUUUCCUGUGACAGUUUUUUAUUGAUAAUACAAAGGCAAUCUAAGCAGUGUAUAUCUUGAACUCAGGGCAGUUACCAAAAUCAACUGCUGGACAGAAACAGACCUUUUUCUUUUUUUUAAAGCAGCUUAAUAUUUGUUAGUCAUGAAAAAAUUCCAUAAUCCUCCCUCCCAAGUAGGCUACUUAGGUAUUGAAUUUUUUUUUUUUUUUUUGAAUCACAUUUUUGGAAGUGUAGGGUAAGAAACAGGAUUCACUGUCUGAUAACAUUGUAACCCUAGCCACUAGGAGUAGCCAGCAGAAAAUAAUUUUGCUAUAAAAUAAUAAACAAGAAACUGGGUAAGAAAUGUGCCAACACUGAGUUCUUGUUGCUGAUUGUGCCCAUGCUAGCUUAAUUGUGCUUGCUUUUUUUUCCCCAUCUGGCAACUCUUCUGGUAGAAACUGGUUGACUGACAGAAAUGGGUCGACUUAUCCCAGGCAACGUAAUUUCAAAAAAUAUGCUUGAAAGCCAUGACACACAAAAACAAAUAUUUAUUUUCUAAUUUGUUUUGUGUACAUAAAACAGUACUUUGUCAAAGUAUUGUUUGUAUCUAUGUAAAAUACCUUUUGACCCAAAGUCAACUCAAAAAAUAAAACAACUUAAAACAGAAA